GUUUCGAAUCAUUUGAUGAAUUCGAUAAGCGUAUAUUCGCUUAUUACAGAAUUUGAAACAGAAAUUUAAAGAAUACUCAAUUCAGCUACCGGUAUUUUUCAUACCGAAAACAGAGCACUUGUGAAAUUAAUUAAUUAUUUCAAACUGAUUUAAAAAAGGCAUGAACUUCUCACCUGUUAUAUCAAAAGAAGAGCAGAGUAAAAUUGUGGAAUUUUUUCAAACUAUGGCGGAUAGUCCUAGUAUUCAUUCAGAUAAAUUAGCAAAAGAUUGGUUAGCGAAGCAUUCCAAUUGCUUUGCUGGAUUUGUUGAUAACAAAUGGUUAACACCUUCAGAAAAUAAAAUUGAAAUUUCCAACCCAUGUACUGGUGAACAUUAUGCUGAUGUUUAUCUUCCAUCUCCAGAGAUUUUAAAAGAUGCUGCUACUUCCUCAGUAAAGGGCUUUAAUGCAUGGAGAUCUCUAAAUGGUUAUCAGAGAUCAGAGUUUCUAUUAAAAAUUGCUUCAAUCAUUGAAGAAUAUGCUGACUUAUUUGGAUUAGUUGAAUGCAUAACAUCUGGCAAAACUUUACAUAGAAUUAAAACAAAGGAUAUACCUGAUUUAAUACAGAGUUUAAAGUAUUAUUCAAAUUGGACUAAACUCCAUGAAGAAAAUGAUGGUUGCACUGAAACAGGUGUUGUAUGUGUGAUUGCUGAUGAUUAUAAUGAACCAUGUUUAAGAAUCAGUUGGAAAAUAGGUUCCAUUUUAGCUUCAGGAAGUGCAGUUUUGUUAUUGCCAAAUGUGGAAUCCUGUUUUUCUGCAUUUCUUUUAGCCGAAUUCUGCCUUUUGUGUGGGUUACCUCCCGGUGUGCUGAAUGUUUUGCCUAUUGAUGUAGUCAAAUUAACUGACUUACCAAAUGUUAAUAAAAUUGUCUUCUCUGGAACCCUUCUUAAAAGCAAUAAAAUUAUGGAAAGGGCAUCUUUACAAGGAAUACCCUGUGAGAUUUCUGUAACGAAGCAGCCUAUAGUAUUUGUUUAUGAAGAUGCUGACUUACAUUCAGCUGCAGAUGGCAUAUUGGGGAUUUUACAGCACAGUGAUACAAGGAGUGAAAGAAGUGGUUGCAGAGUUUUUGUUCAAGCAUCGAUACAAAAGAAAUUUUUGCAGAUCUUGGAAGAGAAAUUUUCUAAACUUUCUGUAGGUUUUAAUUUACAACAAAUAGAUCUGACUUGUACUGUCACUAAAGAGCAAAAAGAGCAAUUGGUGAAAGAUGUUGAAGAAGCUAAAAGUCAGGGUUUUAAGGUUGUUGAAGGUCCAGAAGUGAAUGUUGAAAAGGGACAAUUUAGAGCAACAUUAUUAGAAAAUUUGCCUCUAACAUCAACAUUGUAUCGUGAGGUUGCAGGUGGCCCUAUAGUUAUCACCACAACUUUUCGAACUGUGAAGGAAUCUAUAUCAAUGUUUAAUUACAAUAAACUUGGCUGUGAUGUUAGCAUUUGGUCAGAAAGACUAACCCUUGCCUUAGAAGUGGCUAAUCAAUUAAGAGCAGGAACUGUUUGGAUUAAUUCUCAAAACAUUUUUGAUGCUUGUGCUGUCUAUGGUGGUGCAGGUUUGGGAUCAGGCUCAUUAGAAGGUGGGAAAGAAGCAUUUUUAAGGCAUUUAAAUGUUGGUGUAUCAGAAAUAAAGAAAUAUGAUAAAGCAGAAGCAGAACAAGAGAUCGAACUGUAUGGUAAAGAUUUGCUUUCUGGAAAUAGCAUUAAAAAUAAUCCAGAAAUCAGGUUAAGUUUUGAUCUUCACAUUGGAGGAUCUUACAAGAAACCAAGUGAAAACACAUACUUGAUUGUUAGUGAUGCAAAGAAAGUGCCGUAUGCUUAUAUUGCCAAUGGAACAUCUUCAGACUUGACUGAUGCAAUUUCAAGUGCUUGUGAUAUACAACCAAAGUGGGAAAACCAGAGCAAGUAUAAACUUUCAGAUAUUUUACGUAAAGUGGCAACAACAUUAACCAAAAGAAAAGAAGAGUUUGCAGUUCUCUUGCAUAACCUCACUGGAGAAGAAAAUGCAGUAUGUUCUGAAGAAGUAGAAGAAUCCAUUUCUAGGUUGCAUUAUUGGUCCAUUUAUAUUGCCACAUCUAGUGGUGAAUCAGUGGAUACAUCACUUUAUGGUAGAGUAUUGAAAGAUCGAUUUCCUGUGGGGGUAAUAGGAAUUCAAAGCCCUGAUCAAAAACCAUUUUUAUCAUUUGUUACUCUUGUGAGUUCAGCCAUCGCUUUUGGAAAUGCAGUGGUUGUAGUACCAAGUGAGAGAGGUUCAUUACCUGCCCUGAAAAUGUGUGAAAUAUUGCAAUCAUCAGGUGUCCAGAAUGGAGUGGUGAAUGUUGUCACUGGAAAUGGACCUCAUUUGACACGCGAUAUGUGCUUGAAUCUGAUUGUUGAUGCUGUAUGGUUUGGAGUGGAUGGUGCAGCUUUUAUUAAUCAUUCAUGCACUAUUCAUCCCAAGAGAAUUUUUGAUUGCAAAAAUGUAUGGAAAUUAAAGAACAACACUAAUUUUAAAUUGAUAUUAGAAUCGAGCCAGAUUAAGACCAUAUACAUGCCUAUGGGUACCAUUUAUGCUACCUAAUUUCAAGAUUACUUCAAGUACAGUACAACUCCAGUUAAUUGAUUUAAAAGGGGAGAUGGAGUGAUGGGAGAUGUUUUGGAUAAUGAUUUUUUUGGUUAAGCCAUGAACAUAUAUUGUUUUAUUUCUAAUUACAAGAUGUAAUUCUGAAAAGUUUUAAGUGUAAAUGAAUUCAAAACUUUUUUAGUAGUUUAUUAAACUUCUAAUUUAGAAUUACCAUUGCUAGAUCAAUAUAUUUUUAUUUAUAGUAUACUCUGAAUUACUCAUUCAAAAAAAGAAAUGAUUUUCCUUAUUUGAAAAUAUUGAGAAAAAUGGGAAAAAAGCAAUGCCCUGCCAUCUUUUUAUGAGAAGGUUGUCAACCAGCAUUAAUUCACUCCAUAGUUCAAUAAAUCUUUGGUAGUCUAAAAUAAUAUGUAUUUUAAUUUAUAUGAUGCUUUAAAAGCAAAAGUAUUACUACACAAUGUACAAUAAAUAACAGUAGGCACAAUUGCCAUUUUUAAUUUUCAUGUUAAAAAAAGUAAGACAUUGAGAGAAACAGCAAAUUCUUAAUUUUGGCUUACCUUUAGAGGCAGAAAUUAUUGUCACCAUAUAACCAUAUAUUCUGAUUUAGACUCUUUUAUUAAGUCAGAUUUGUUACAAUUUCUUCUAAAUGGCACAUAAAAAUCUACUUCACACAUCAUGUCUUUAGAUCUGGGAAAUCAUUUUUACAGUUAUUACCAUGUUCAGAGAUAUUACAGAUAAUCCAAGUUAGGUUAACUGGAGUUUCACUGUAUAAGCAUAUUGGUAAUAUGUAUUUAUAUGCUAAAAUAUAUAUUGCAGAAUUAAUUGUACUGUUAAAGGUAAACCUGCCGAUUUUAAUUUUAUCUUUCUUAAAAGGAAUCUUGCAAUGAAAAAAAUGGUUACUAAUAUUUCAUAAAAUUUCAUAUUGUGCCAAUAAGACCAUCCAGUUCAUUAAAGAUCAAAUAACACUUUUGCAUAAUAGUAUCAUAAAAAUGUUUAUGCAUUUAAAUUUAUUCAAGGGACCAAUUCAAGGAAAUUUUUUUAAAAACUCAUCUUUUGUUGAUAUUAUUAUUAAAUUAGUCGUAAAGUUUUUAUAAAGAGAAACUAUUUUUUGAAAAAGCUAGUUUCCUACCAUAAAAAGGAAACUUCAGUUUUUAAAUGUAAGAUGGAAAGAAAAUAUGUGCACUAAAUCAAAUCUUUUUCAUUAUAUUGCAAGAUCAAUAUUAAAAGUAACAUUAUACAUUAAAAAGAGGGAAUUAAAUAUAUUAAAUACUCCACAAUAAAAGAUGAAAUAUUUAUAAAGAUAAUUUAAAGAUAUUUACUUUACUUUUUAUUUAUUAUAAAUAAAAGAAAAAUUAAAUCAUGAAAUAAUUAAACAUUUGUCAAUCUAGUAUUUUUUAUUGGGUUGCAUAUCAUUUUAAAGUUUUUAGGUUCGUAGUUAGAUUAAAUUAUAAUCUUCAUCUGUAGCUGAUAUAAAAGUUUAUGUGAAAUUUUUUUGAAUAACAUACUAUGUUAUUUAUAAUACAGUUGCCUAACAUGUUUUUUUUCUUUUAAUUAUGUCAUUUCUUUCCAUUACUGUUAAGUUGCUAUUCAUUGCUAUUCACUGUUUUAUAGUUUUACAUUUUAAUUAUAUUAUUUAAUUUUAAGUAACUUAUAGUACAUGAUACAUUGAUAUAUCUAGAUAUUUAGUUUAAAACAUUUAAUUAUCUCUACCAAAAAAAAUUUAAAAAAUUCAAAAUUCCUAUAUUGAAUUCAUUCAGUGAUGUUCUGCUAUAUCUAAAUGUUUUUGAUUAUUAUGAAAUUUCAUAUUUUAAAUGUAUGUUGAAUUGCAUUUAAAGCAGAAAAUACCAAAAGCAACUACCUGUAUAAUUUGGAAAUUUAAAUUGAACUUCAUCGCCUAUUUUAUACAUCUUAUACACUGGUUUUCAAAAAUUCUGUGUAUUUUUUUAGGUAAAUAUACAUUUUUUAUAGAAUUUUUCAGUUUUGCACUUUUGUGAUUAAAUUUUAAGUGAUGAAAUUUUAUAAAUAGUUGAAACAAUUAGAGUCCAGUGAAGAAUUGAAUUUUUCCUGUUAACAUUGAUGAAACAUUAAUAUUUAUACUAUGAAUUAUAUAUCAUGACUGUUAACUUUUGUGUGUUUUAACAUCGGUUAGUUUUUUAGAAAUCUCCAUGUGUGAUGCCACAAAUAUAAUUUUAUUAUUGAACUUAAAGAACUCUGUGCUUUUCAGAUAUAAUCUUUAUGUUAAAUGUCAUUAAUUUAUGUAUAUAUUUUUUAUAUUAUACUUAGAUGAAAAUGCUUAAUAUUUAGUAUCUAGUCUUUGAUGUAUUUGUUUUUAAGAAAUGCAGUUCCUCUUUUUCACUUCAUAGUCGUGCUUCAUGUAUCACAUGAUUUAACUGUACUGCCAAUGUUAUAUAUUUUUGAGAUUAUUUUUAAUGUGAAAUAUUCCAUUACAACAUUAUACAAAUUAUUAAAGAUGGCAUUCCUAUAUACUGUGUAGGAAAGUAUAUGAUAUGAUAUGCACAACAAAUUGAAUAAAUUAAUUUCUAUAUUUACA